AUGCGCUUCUUCCAGAAGCUGGCGGGAUACCCUCGACUGCUUGUUGCAGCAAGCCCGUCCAACCUCGACAUUGGCUUGCUUCUUGCAGGCUUGGCGAGCUCCAUUGCUUCUGGUGUACCCUUUCCGAUCAUUGGAAUUAUAUUUGGUCAGUUACUGGAUGAUUUCAACUCGGUGACAUGCGAGGAGACCACCAGUACAAGUUCACCAGAAUCGGAUGCCAGAUAUCAAAGCGAUAUAAACAGCAAAAUCUUGCUGAUCGUAUAUCUGGCGAUUGCACAAUUUGUCCUCAUUUAUGUGCACCUGUCAUGCUGGACGAUGUUUGGCGCACGUCUUUCACAGAGGCUGCGGGAAAGCUAUCUGAGAAAUCUCCUUCGCCAAGAGCCCUCCCACUUUGACGACUUGACGCCAGGUGAGGUAGCUUCUCGAUUGAGCAGUGAUAUUCAAACAAUCCGCUCGGGUACAUCGGAGAAAGUGGGAAUUGUGAUCGCAGCAAUCUCAUUUUUCGUCACGGCAUACAUUGUUGCGUUUAUCAAAUACUGGGAGCUCGCUGCGAUCCUUCUCUCGCUGAUUCCAGCCUACCUUCUCAUGUCACUUGUUGGAAGUCACUUCAUCGAGAAGUAUGCUGGAUCAAUGUCUGAUUAUGCUGCCUCUGCCGCAACGAUCGCCUCUGAAGCACUCUCAAACAUUGUCGUUGUUCACGCUUUUGGUGCGAAUGCUCGACUGGAACAGAAGUUCUCCCGAGCUUUAAAGUUAGCGGAGCACGAAGGAUUGAAGAAAGCAGCAGCUGUCGGCGCCCAGUCCGGGGUUUUGUACUUUAUCGCCUAUGGUGCGAAUGGCCUCGCAUUCUGGCAAGGUGCGCAUCGAAUCGCUGAUGCGGUGAAUGGCAAAUCCCCUGGUGUCACUGUUGGUGCGACUUUUACUGUCAUAUUCAUCUUGAUUGAAGCAACCUUGUUGUUGAGCCAGGUCGCACCAUUCCUGCACCUCUUCAUUCAGGCCGUCGCUUCGCAUUCUAAAUUACGAGAAGACAUUGACCGACAAUCGUUGAUUGACGCCACUGGAUCAACCGGCUUACGCAUUUCUCAAGCCGAUGGUGGCUUCGAGUUUAGAAACGUUUCGUUCACCUAUCCGUCCCGACCGGAGAUCAAGGUUCUGGACAAUAUCACUCUGUCACUCCCUGCAAAGAAGCAUACGGCGCUUGUCGGUCUUUCUGGAAGUGGAAAAUCAACCAUUGCAGCGCUGUGCACAAGACUAUACGACCCAACCGAGGGACAGGUGUAUUUUGAUGAGAAAGCUCUACCUGAUCUCAAUCUUCGCGAUUUACGAGGAUUUUGCAGCCUGGUACAGCAGGAACCUUCGCUUUUGGAUCGCUCGCUUCUUGAAAAUAUCGCGCAUGGCCUCAUCAACUCGAGUAAACCUGAUCACGAGCGACUGAGAGACGCGCUUCUCAGCUCCUCCCUAGCCGAUCUUGCUUCUGAGGUUAGGGAAGGCAAAGAAUUUGUGACUGCGGCAGAGACUUACGGUCCAGCUGUCCUUGAAAUCGUGAAUCUGGUCAAAAAUGCCGCCGUUCUCGCAGAUGCAGAUGGCUUCAUAUCCAAACUUAGGGCCGGAUAUGGGACAACUGUAGGCUCCGCUGGCCGUCUGAUCAGUGGUGGGCAGAAACAACGUAUUUCGCUUGCCCGGGCCUUGGUGAAAGAUCCCGCGGUACUUAUACUCGAUGAAGCGACUGCCUCACUUGACUCUAGAAGCGAGCAGCGUAUCCAGAACGCUAUCAACAAUAUUUCAAAUGGUCGAACUGUGAUUACCAUCGCUCAUCGUCUCUCAACUGUCACGAAAGCCGACAACAUCAUUGUUAUGCACAAAGGUGUCAUUGUCGAGCAAGGGGACCAUGCAACCUUGAUGGCAAAGGCCGGGACCUACGCAGGACUCGUAAACCUACAAACCCUCGGAUCGGCAUCCAACGACCGUCAAGCUUCACCCGGGGCGGACUGUAGUCGGUCAGAUCAAAUCUCUAUGACGGAAACCGAGACGGAAAAGGUCAGUUCAUCGGCCUACGGCAGUGAAAAACAAGAAGGGACCGAAGUUUCGACAACUGAGAAAACACCUGAAGACGAUGGACAGAAAGACGAAGAGGAACUCGAGACACCACGCAAAAGCCUAUGGUCAUUAGUCAGAGGCUAUUCUCCAGCUGUGAGACCUCAUCUCUUGACCGUCUUUGUAGGUCUUCUCGGUGCAAGUAUCGUGGGCGGUGCUUUUUCAGGAGAAGCUGUCAUUUUCGGCAACACUGUCGGAAGUCUGAAUCCCUGCGAGGGCGCCGAUAGUAUACGCUCGAGCGGUAACUUCUUCGGCUUGAUGUUCUUUGUCUUAGCAAUCAUUGAGCUUUUUGCAAAUAUGGCCAGCUGGACUGGGCUCGGAUGGGUAUCUGAGAAAAUCGUGUAUACUGUCCGAGUCUUGUCUUUCCGUUCACUUUUUGAGCAGGAUUUGCAGUGGCACCAAUCAAAGAAGCGAACGCCUGCAAUGCUUCUCUCAUACAUCACUCGUGAUGGAAACGCUCUGGCUGGACUGAGUGGCUCUGUCAUUGGCUCUCUUUUUUCGAUUUCGGUGAAUCUCGUCGCCGCGAUCGUUUUGACUCAUAUCAUUGCCUGGAAGAUUGCUCUCGUGUGUUUGUCACUGGUUCCACUGCUUCUCGGAGCGGGCCUGAUGGAACUUCACAUUCUCGGAAAGUUUGAAGAGCGUCAUGAGAAUGCAUACACCAAAUCUGUUGAUAUCGGUACGGAGGCGAUCUCAUCCAUCAAGACAAUUGCUUCCUUGUCUUUGGAGGAGGAAACCUUGAAGACCUACCAACGAUCUCUCAAGGAACCACGGCAGGAGACGCUGAGAGUAACUCUUCUCGCUAGUUUCUGGCAGGCAAUGACAUAUUUCCUCGGAAACUGUGUGAACGCACUCGCAUAUUGGUGGGGCUCAAAGCAGAUCAUCGCUGGAACUUACACCCAGACUCAAUUCUUAAUCGUGGUUUUCUCACUUCUCGUGAGCGCUCUCUUGUGGAGUCAAAUGUUUGCUCUUGCACCUGAACUUUCAAACGCACGCGCUGCUAUGGCCAGAAUCCUCAGCCUGAUUGAGAUAGGCUCUGGCGGCAUGACAGGUCGUAUUCAAAAUCCCUUGGGCGCACCGUCUGCGGACCGGGAUCCCGAGGCCUGCAAUACCAACAAAGAACCGAAAAUCGCCGUAAAUAGUGGCGCCCUACGAGUGCAAUUCCGCGACGUGCACUUCGCUUAUCCUGCUCGAGAUGACAUCAAAGUCUUGAAUGGGUUGAGUCUCGAUAUCCAGCCUGGCACAUUUUGUGCACUUGUUGGCCCAAGUGGUGCUGGUAAAUCGACAAUAAUCUCACUCGUCGAAAGGCUCUACAAGCCAGAAUCGGGCGGUGUAUUCAUUGAUGGUGUUGACGUCACCAAGCACAAUGAGGUGGCUUUCCGGAAUGAUAUUGCUCUGGUUCCGCAAGAAAGUGUGCUGUUUGAGGGCAGUAUCAAAUUCAACAUCGGUCUCGGCGCUCGUCCGGGACAUGAAGCCACAUUGGAGGAGAUCCAAGAGGCGUGCAAACUCGCGAAUAUUCAUGAAGUGAUAAUGAGUUUACCAAAUGGCUAUGAGACGCUCUGCGGGCCCAAUGGAAAUCAGUUUUCUGGUGGACAGAAACAGCGUCUCUCGAUUGCUCGAGCACUCGUGCGAAAGCCCAGACUGCUGAUUCUUGACGAAUCCACGAGUGCACUAGAUGCGGAGUCAGAACAGCUUUUACAAGAAGGUCUUGAGAGAGCCUCCGAGGGCAUUACCGUUAUUGCCAUUGCUCAUCGUCUCCGCACCAUUCGAAAAGCAAACACCAUCUUCUUGAUUGAAGGUGGACAGUGUGUCGAUCAUGGGACGCAUGAUCAAUUGCUUGAACGUUCUGAGAGUUAUCGAGAGAACGUCAUGCACCAAACAGUAGCAACAUGA